ACUCUCUUUUUCCUCUCCCUCCGGCCUUGAAAUCUUAUGAAUAAUUAUUGAGCCAGGCUGUGCGUUUUAAAAAAUUAGAAAAAUUAUUGCAAACCUACAGAUUAUUUAUAUUAUUCCUGGUCAUAUUUUUCGCCGGUGAUUGUUAGCCGGAAUUAUCGUAAUUAUCAAUUUUUUUUACCGUGAAAUAUGACUUGCAGCACGUUUAGCUGCCGCUUUUUUCAUCAUGCAUUAAAAAUUUUGCUUCGGUCGGUCGAUCGGUCAUGACCUUGAUGCAUAAACGGUGCGCGAUGCUUCGCGAUUAUUUUUUUUUUACUGUUUUAAAUACAAAGAAUCAGCAAUAAUUAAUUCGUUAAGUCAACGAUUCAUUUAUUUUAUGCAACGAAUUCAAUUGAAUUAAUUCUCGCGCACAUCGCCGUAUCCAUCUAGCGCAGUAUCGCUCAAACUUUGCCCACUCCCACCCCGAGCAGACGACAAGUUUUUUACGGUUUCAAAGCAACUAAAAUUUUGAGGUUACGAGUAAAUCUCCUGGGUAAAUACGGCUUUCAAAUGCAAAUUUAAUACUCUAGAUAUUUUAUUGUACUGGUAAUCGGUUUAUUCAAUCAACUCCUAUGAUAGCAAGUUUUUUCAAAAAAAAUUAAUUAACAUGAGGUUUACUCCAUUGCUGAGAAACUCUCGGGCUCCUCAGAAUGAGAAGAAAGUACCUUUUCAAGCGAUACUUCCACUAAAGUUGCGGUCUACAGUGACGGGCAAGGGAGAAAAAACUUCAGAUGUGUCGUGUUUGCAAGAAAUGGCGGUGCUUUUUAUAUGCUUAAAGGAGAAAGAUUUCAACGAGAGCAUGUGCAGCAAAGAAGUACAGCAGUUCCAGAUUUGCUAUAAGGCAAGCUUAGAGAAAAAAGCUCUCAGAAAACAAGCCGAGGCAGCAGGAACUGUCGGGGCCACACCUGCCACAGCGACUCCAAAUAUUAUUAAUCGCAUUCUGCGCAGAUUCCCACCCAGACCGUAGUAAGCAUCAUCCAUGUAAAUAGACCAAUAGCUAAUAAAUCGUAUUCAAUUUUAUAAAACCAAAAA